UGAAGGUAGUUUGCUUGACGCAACUCUUUGCUAAGCAGUUCGACCAAAGUACAAAAAACAAGCUGAACGCAUGGUCAGUGGCAUUUACAGCGUUGCAAGAUGUCUCCACUGAAGUUCUGUGCGAAUAUUUCCUGGCUGUUCACGGAGCUUCCAGACUUCAGUCAGAGGAUAUAUGCAGCAGCCUCGGCUGGCUUUCAGGCUGUAGAGGCAGCCUGGCUUUACGAUUCUGACAUCCAAGAGCUUCAGAGAGCCAGAGAGGCUACAGGUGUUGAGGUGGUACUCAUCAACACUCCACCAGGAGAUGUGAAGUCAGGAGAUCUUGGUCUUGGAGCAGUACCAGGAAGAGAGGAAGAAUUCAGACAGGGUCUAGAUCUGGCGUUAAAGUAUGCAAAAGCUUUGGAGUGCAAAAGGAUCCACUUGAUGGCCGGGAGGAUUCCUUUGGGCUUGAACAGAUCCGAAGUUGCCAUGGAAAUGGAAACCACUUUUGUAAAGAACUUAACCUAUGCUGCAGAUGUCCUCUCAAAGGAAGGAAUCUCUGGUAUGAUUGAGCCAAUUAACACCAGAAUUACUGAUCCCAGGUACUUUCUGGACUCUCCACAUCAGGCUGCUGCAAUACUGGAGAAGGUUGGGAAGGCAAAUAUCAAGCUGCAGAUGGACAUCUUUCACUGGCAAAUAAUGGAUGGAAACCUCACACAAAACAUUCAAAAGUAUUUUCCAAUAAUUGGUCAUGUUCAGAUUGCCCAGGUUCCAGGUAGGAAUGAACCUGACAGUGCUGGAGAACUCAACUACAGUUAUCUGUUCAAAACACUACAAAACCACAACUACCAGGGAUACAUUGGCUGUGAAUACAAACCACUAGGCUCGACAAAGGAGGGUCUAGGCUGGAUCAAAGAUUAUGGCAUAACCAGCAAGUGAUGAACACAGGUGUCCCGGCCACGAAAUUGUUUGAUUUCUAAUGAUUUUUACAUCUUUAAAGCAACGACACAUAGUUAAUGAAAUGUUAUACAUAAAUGGUUUUCAUCGAAUCCUGUUAUGAUGCCACUUUGGAUUGUUUUCCAUCCCUUUUAUUAAUAAAUUUUCUUGUGAAA